GAGACCGAAACUGAGGAGCAAGACGGAGAUGACGACGAGGAAGAGGACGAAGAGGAAGGAGGGGAAGAUGACGACGACGACGAUGAGGACGACGACGACGACGACGAGCCGCGACUAAAGUAUGCCAGGUUAACGCAGCAUCUCAGCUCCGUCUACAGAAAUGCAGACUCGACGAGUGCAUUCCUUGUCGCCGGUGAUAAGAUGAUUAUUGGCACCCACAACGGCAAUAUUCAUGUGCUACAAUUACCGUCCUUCCAGGCCUUGCGAACCUAUCAUGCCCAUUCCGUCUCCGUCACUGCCGUCUCUAUAUCUCCAUUUCCGCCGCCGACAAUUGCUGCCAAACCCGAAGCCGCCACGCGUGCGAUUGCCCAGGCGACUGGCGGUGUAGCUGGUGGCUCAAAUUCUCGGCCGGAAUCGCGACAGUCUGCGGCGAGCUCUGCAGCGACAGCGAGAAAGCCUCGGGAGGCGCCACAGAUACCGAACCUUCCCUCGAAUCAGAUCUACAUUGCUACGUCUUCGAUGGACGGCAACGUUUGUGUUCAGUCAUUGGUUGACUUGAAGGAUGUGCAGUUGAGGAACUUUGCCAGACCCGUACAUGCAGUCGCCCUGUCCCCUGACUUCAAGAACGACCGGACAUAUCUCUCGGGAGGAACAGCCGGAAAUCUUAUCUUGACGGUUGGUGGUGGUCCUGGCCGCAGUACGUCUUCGACUGUAGGAACGGCUGCUGCUACUGCAUCUGGCUGGCUGGGUAGCAUGGGCCUCGGUACGAACACUGGCAAAGAUACAGUUCUGCAUUCCGGGGAGGGCAUCAUCAGCACAAUCAAAUGGUCGCUGUCCGGAAAAUAUGUCGUAUGGCUUAACGAACAUGGCAUCAAGAUCAUGCGAUCUAAUCUGCACCUGGAGGGUGGUGAACCGGACGAUGCUUGGAAGCGGAUCGGUCAUUAUGACAGACCGCAGACCGACGAAUGGGAGACCAUGGCCAGUGUGUGGAAAGGCAGAGUCGAGUGGAUCGACGAACAGUCUGUACCAGCGAGCGACGAAGCCAAGGUCGCAGAGGACAUUGGCCCUGCCUCUCCGGCUGCAGAGAAACUCAAACUUCACCAAAGCCGCGACAAAAGGCAAACCGAAAGACUUUUGGUUGGGUGGGGUGGCACGAUUUGGAUUAUUCAUGUCCACGGCGCGGACAAGAAUGCCGCCGAGCGAAGUCUCGAUAAGGCGGAAAUGGUAAAGAUUUUGCGCAUGGAUUGUAUCAUUUCAGGCAUUUCGUUGUAUACCCAGAGCCUGUUACUCGUUCUUGCUUACCCUCUGCAUGAUGAAGACGACGAGGGCGAUGAAGGGGAGAGCAAGCCUGUUCACGGCCACAAGGCAGAGCCUUCGACGAGCUCCGCCGGCAGCGGUCCCUCAGGCGGCCUUCGGCGUCGCCAAAACCAUCCUCCCCCGGAGCUGCGAUUGAUUGAUCUGAUUUCCCAGGCCGAGAUCGACAAGGACAGCCUCAGCAUCAGUCGACACGAUCGCCUGAGCUCAAAUGACUACCAUUUGGGCGUCCUCCCACAACAGGCGGCUACCGUGGUGGCAGGUUCCAAAGGAUACCUCGAAACCAUGGCUGGGAUUGGUACCGAUGUCUGGAAUGUGGCCAUGUAUCCCACCAAGGCCCUCUUCAGCUCUGCCGCCAGCGUUCGAAGUGGACAUAGCAAUGAGGCAGCUUCUGCUUCCAAGACACCAAGCAUUUCUGGGAGCGUCAGGGCGCAGCCUCAGCGGCUGGCCACGCCAAGUGUGCAUCCCAGCCUGUCGAAGCCUGGAACCAAGAUCUUUGUGCACAGUCCUUAUGACUGCAUCCUCGCUACGAAGCGCGACUUGAGCGACCAUCUCUCCUGGCUUGUAGAGCGGCGAGAAUACCAGCGGGCCUGGGAGCUCGUAGAUGAGAACCCGGAGAUCGUCAUCACCGCAGAAAAUAUCCAAGACAUCACAUCACCAAGCACGCCAAGUCGGUCGCAGAUGCCGGACGAUUUCUACGCCGACACUGCGUCGGUGAUGGAUGAGGUCGGCAGGCAAGCAAAUGUCAUGGUCGACAAGGAAAAGCGGCGCAUCGGCGAGCUUUGGCUCCAGCAGCUGGUUGAUACCGGAGACUGGCAACGUGCUGGCCAGGUGGCGGGCAAAGUCCUCACGUCUUCUGAUCAAUGGGAGAAGUGGGUCUACGCGUUCGCCCACGCCGAAAAGUUCGACGAGAUCACAAACUUCAUCCCCAUCGAGCCGAUGCGGCCCCCGCUCCCGUCCAUUGUCUACGAAGUCGUGCUCAAGCACUAUAUCCAGACCGACAAACUACGACUGAAGGACCUCCUGGACAGAUGGCAUUCGGACUUGUUCGACGUCAACACUGUCACAACCACUCUGGAGAACCAGUUGAAGUAUCGUGAUGUGCGACCGGAUAGUGUUGAGGACGGCGUGAAGGGGCGUGAUUGGAGGAUCGUCGUGGAAAGCCUAGCGAAGCUGUGUGAGGUCAACGGUCGCCAUAGGGAGGCCCUCCGUUACUAUAUCAGGCUCCAAGAUGCCGAUUCCGCAAUGAGGUUGAUCAAAGACAGUCAUCUGGCCGAUGCUGUGGCAGAUGAUAUCCCGAGCUUCGUGACUCUUCGCGUCCCUGCUGAUGGACAGGACCAGAUGACCAUGAGCAACCUGGAGGAGGCCACCGCAGAGGCAAUCACACUUCUGGUCGAUGAAGCCCAGCACGGCCUGGUCAGACCUGAGGCCGUGGUGUCCCAGUUGCAGGAGAAAGAACUGAACCUUUACCUGUUUUUCUACCUGCGGGCGCUCUUCAAAGGCGAAGGGGUUCAAGAACAUAUGGGUGAGAACCGCGAGCGCCUUGUCAUGGAGAGCCAGAGCCUGGUCGAUGGGUUUGCGGACUUGGCCGUCCAUCUUUUCGCCCUGUACGAUCAAUCCAUUCUGAUGGACUUUCUGAAGACCUCGACAUCGUACACCUUUGAAAAGGCCGUUCAUGAAUGCGAAGAACACAGCUACAUUCCCGAGCUCGUCUACCUGUACUCCAAGACCGGUCAGAUGAAGCGGGCUUUAUACCUCAUCAUAGACCGACUGGGCGACGUGAGUCGAGCAAUAGCCUUUGCUAAAGAUCUUGACGACCCGGACCUGUGGGAAGACCUGUUGAACUAUAGCAUGGACAAACCGCGCUUCAUACGAGGACUGCUUGAAGAAGUCGGCACUGCCAUCAACCCCAUCACGUUAGUGAGGAGGAUUCCUGAAGGCUUGGAGAUUGAAGGCCUACGAGAGGGUCUGAAGCAUAUCAUGAAGGAGCACGAGAUACAAUACAGCAUCAGCGAGGGCGUUGCCAGAGUACUGAGAAGCGAAGUCGCCGCUGCGCAAACGACUCUCCGAAAUGGGCAGCGCAAGGGGAUCAAAUACGAUGUUGUGGUCAAGGAUGCCGACCACGUGGACGUGGAAACCAAGAGCGUGGUAUCGGAUGCAGCUUCGGACGCCGCCGCCACGCCACACCCGCCUCUCAAGAAGCCCGCAAAGAAGUGGAAGCCUGGCCACUGUGCGGCGGUGCAGUGUCUGGAGCCAUUUACCGAAUGGGAAGAGGAGACACUGGUGGGCUUCGCGUGUGGACACGUGUACCACCUGACGCAUUUGUUGCAGGUGCUGCACCCAGACCAGCUGACAGAGGAUCUCGCAGGUUUUGGUCGCUAUGCGGCACAUGAGGAUGAUGAAAGACAGGGCGUGAGGAGAACGGUGGGCACCAAGGUUACGCACGCGAGGCUGUUGAGAGAUCAGAUUAGGGGAUGUCCCAUCUGUGCGAGGACGGAGGAGGUGAGAUGAUGGGCCUGAAGCGAGGGCAUGACUUUGGAUAUUUCAUCAGAUACCACACGACGUACACAAUUUCACUAAGCCAAGAGCGAUUC